AUGGCGCCUCGGUGGGGAGGCCUCCUGCGCCCCGGCUCCCCGCUCGGCCUGGCCUGCCUGGCGCUGUCGGCGCUGCUGCUGGUGCGGACGGCGGACGCCGCCAAGAAUUCGGAGGAUGUUCGGUGUAAAUGUAUUUGUCCUCCCUAUAAAGAUAUUCCUGGACAUAUUUAUAAUAGGAACAUAUCGCAAAAAGAUUGUGAUUGUCUUCAUGUUGUGGAGCUCAUGUCUGUGCGGGAGCCUGACAUAGAAGCAUACUGUCUGCGCUGUGAAUGCAAAUAUGAGGAAAGAAGCUCGGUAACAAUCAAGGUUACCAUUAUAAUUUAUCUGUCCAUUUUGGGCCUUCUACUUCUAUACAUGGUGUACCUUACUCUGGUUGAGCCCAUACUGAAGAGACGCCUAUUUGGACACUCACAAUUAAUACAGAGCGAUGACGAUGUUGGGGAUCACCAGCCGUUUGCAAAUGCCCAUGAUGUGCUGGCCCGCUCCCGCAGUCGUGCCAAUGUGCUGAACAAGGUGGAGUAUGCCCAGCAGCGCUGGAAGCUUCAAGUUCAAGAGCAGCGGAAGUCCGUCUUCGACCGUCACGUUGUCCUCAGCUAA